AUGGCCCCGCCCGCCAAAAGAAGGAGGCGCAAUGUCGUCGUCGAGUCGGACGAUGAAGUAGACGAGAAGCCCAAGACGAACACCCUGGCGAACUACCUCUUUUCGUCGCCAGACUCGAAAUCAGCGAGCAGAAACGCGACCGACUCGCCCAGCCCGACGAAAACGCGCUCUCGCGCCGCCGAACCGAAGAAAUCAGCACCUGCGCCGAAUGUCCUGCAGGCACGAAACGGACAGUCGAACAAAGCCACCAAAAGCCCCAGCACGAGCCCAGAGAAGCCAAAGGCCAAGGGCCAGAAGCGCGUGAAGAUCGAGGAGAAGGGGAGGAAUGGCGACUUAAAGACUUUGUUCUCGAAGCAGGCGCAACGAACGACUGCGAGGCCAACCUCUUCGUCGAGAACGAUUCCUCUAGACGACAUCGUCAGCGACCCGAUAUCCGACGACGACUUUGCGGACCAGAAGGCGAGCACAUCGAGCAUCGUGGGUCAGAAUGCACGAAAGCGGUUCCGGGACAACACACCAACCUCCACGGCAUCCUUCGGCUCGAGCCAGAAGUUCCUCAAACCUGCACGCCCGACAGCACCGGUGGCCUUCGAUGACGAUCUCCGACCGUGGUCAGAGCGCUUCGGGCCCGUCAACCUGGAUGAGCUCGCCGUACACAAGAGAAAGGUGGCGGAUGUGCGGAAGUGGCUGGACGAUGUUGUGGGCGGGCGCUUGCGCCAGCGACUGCUGCUGUUGAAAGGCGCGGCAGGUUCGGGAAAGACAACAACGAUGAGACUGCUGGCGAAGGACAUGGGCGCUGAGCUGCUGGAAUGGAGGAAUCCUACCAGUGCGAACGGUGCGAACCUCGGAUACUCGUCUGCGUCGUCUCAGUUUCAAGAGUUCCUCGGCAGGGGCGGGAAGUUUGGGCAGCUUGAUCUCGAUCUGACGGCAGAAGCACCCCGUCCAAAGAGCGAAGUCCCCGAUCCUUCGUCGCAGAAGAUCAUCCUCGUUGAGGAGUUUCCGAACACCUUUUCAAAAUCUUCAACGGCUUUGACCUCGUUCAGAAAGUCCCUCCUAGAGUACCUCGCGGCAAACACGCCAUCCCUCACAGCAUUCGGACGCCGUUCUUCGAAUGAGCCUAUCACUCCGGUCGUUCUAGUCAUCUCGGAAACGUUACUGACCACGACAUCGGCAUCCGCAGACAGCUUCACUGCGCACCGUCUACUUGGUCCGGAGAUUCUGCGACAUCCCGGUACGCGGAUCAUCGAGUUCAAUCCCAUCGCGCCCACGAUCCUCGCGAAAGCCCUGGAGGGUGUGGUGCUCAAGGAAGCUCGCAAAUCUGGUCGGAAACGCACGCCUGGACCUCAAGUAUUGAAGCGACUAGGCGAGAUUGGAGACAUCCGCAGCGCUAUCUCGUCAUUGGAGUGGAUGUGCUUGAAAGGCGAUCAGGACGCCGACUGGGGCGCCAAAGUCGCCCUGAAGCAGACGAAAGCAGCCAAGGCAGGCAUCGCCUUAACGAGGGGGGAGCAAGAUACCCUGGAGCUGAUCUCCCAGCGCGAGGCGAGUCUCGGUAUCUUCCAUGCCGUGGGCAAGGUGGUUUACAACAAAAGAGAGGAGGCACCGGCAACCAAUGCGGCUGAGGAGCUGCCUAGCUAUCUAGAGCAUUACUCGCGGCCGAAGCCGUCAGAAGUCAAGGUCGACACUUUGAUAGACGAGACGGGGACGGACACGCAGACUUUCAUCUCCGCCCUCCACGAGAACUACAUGUUUUCUUGCGAGACCGUUCCACCGAUGGACGCGUCGACGCCACUGGACUAUGUCAACGGCUGCAUAGAGUACAUCUCAGAGAGCGACCUUCUGUGCCCCUCGUCGGACAUUUUCUUCGGUGGAAGAGGUGCUUAUGCUGGUUUCAGCAGAGACACCGGCAGUCAUGUGCUGCGGCAAGAUGAAAUCGCUUUCCAGGUCGCCGUCAGAGGAAUGCUCUUUUCGCUACCGUCGCCCGUCAAGCGGAAGGCCUCGACUGGCGCCAAGGGCGGAGACCAGUUUAAGAUGUUCUACCCGACCAGCAUCAAACUGUGGCGACAAAAGGAGGAGUUCGAGAGUCUGGUAGACUUCUGGUCCACGAAACUGAUGAAAGGUGAGGAGACAGCACCGCGGAAGGGACUCUUGGAAAACGCCAACGCUUUCCGACGGCCGAAGCAGACGGACGUGGGCAGUUGGAUGGCUAAGCGCCAGUCGAAGCCCGCACCCACGAUCGAAACGAAACCCGAGACCGACUCGACGCCGCUUCUUUCGCUGGGCAGCUCGGCUCGCAGAGAGAUGUUGCUCGAGCGUCUACCGUAUAUGGCCGCCAUCGUCCGCGGACGCAAGUCGACGUUACACUCGUUCAAGCUUAGGGAUCUCGAAAAGGUGGUUUCUUUCCAGGGCAUCGGGCCGCCGACCGCGGACGAUGACGAAGCGGAGGAGGCACCGGAGGACGAUGUCAUGACGGGCGACGCGUGGGCGACGGAUAAGCCGUCGGAGGAGAUGACGCCGCGGAAAAAGGGGGCGUCGAUCGAGCAUCGGGGCGAUGGGUCGGUUGCGGGGUUGCAGGUGCAGGAUUUGGUGAUUAGUGACGAUGAUAUUGAGGAUGAUUGA